UCACAUAUGAUUUCUACUUUUGGUAACCCUAACGAAGACGCAGCUCCAACUCCGAGCAGGCAAAAACCAGAGCGAGACAGAGAGACCUUUUGCGAGAGAAGCCCCCGAAAACAUGGCAGCAACCGGUGGUUCCAGCGCGUCAGCUACCCGGUACGACGUGUUCUUGAGUUUCAGAGGGCCCGACACUCGCAACACCUUCACCGACUGCCUCUACCGGACCAUGUUCGGCCAGGGGAUCGUCGCCUACAGAGACAGCGAAGAGCUUCACGCCGGUGAUCGGAUCGACGAUCUCCUGAGAGCGGUCGGCGAAUCCAAGAUCUGCAUACCGGUCCUCUCCAGAGGCUAUGCUUCGAGCGCUUGGUGCCUCCGCGAGCUCGCUCGAGUGACGGAGCUCCAUGAAUCGACUGGGAAGCCGGAGAUCCUACCCAUCUUCUUUGAUGUCACGCCCAUCGAUGUCAAGCUCAGGACGGAACUGUACCUGAAGGACUUGGAGAAGCAUGAGCAGAAGCACGGUGCUGAGAUGAGGCAACGGUGGGAGGCGGCUCUGGGAAAAGUGGCUGAGAUCAAGGGAUGGGAAGUCCAAGGGAAAGCAGAAAGGACAAAGUUAAAGUACUCAAUUUAGGUCAAUAUAAUUCGGAUCCCAUCAGCAUUGUGGAUGAAGAACUUGAGAGGAUGCCAAAUCUAAAAUUUCUCAAGUUAUAUAAUGGGACUUUUGCCGGAGACAUCAACAAUUAUCUCCAAGAACUAAGAUGGCUUUCUUGGCGCUCUCCUCCUUUAGAUUGUAGAAUGGCCAAUUUGCACUUGAAAAAUCUAGCACUUUUUGAACUUUCAUAUAAUAUGAACACCAAAAACUGGGGCGGAUGGAACAUUUUGAAGGUGUGAAUUCGUACUUUUGUUCUAUUAAAUACACGUAGUAUUCUCUUUU